CAACCGGUUCGACCGAGCCGGUCAACCCAGUCCACGCCCCGCGUCGUCCUCCCCUUCUCCUCUUCCUCGCUCUUGCGACCGAAAUCGCCGCCGCCGUCGCCGCUCAACCCCGGCCGCCUCCGGUGGUUUCUGCCGCCGUCGCCUAGCGCGAACGACGCACCUAGCCGCCCUUUAUCAUCUCCUCCUCUUAGAUUUUCGGGGCGCCUCCUCGUGCGGCUGUGCCCUACCCCGCAUGGGAGCUAGGGUUUGCGCCCCUCGUCGGAGUUGAACUCCGGCGGCCGUCCUGGUGCUCGGGUGGUCAUGGUCGCCGCCCCCGCCCCCGCCCUAACCGCCGCGGACGCGAGGCAGGCCGCGGCGAGGAAGAAGGAGGAGGACGACGAGGAGGUCGUCUGCUUCAUCUGCUUCGACGGGGGAGACCUCGUCGUCUGCGAUUGGAGGUGCGACGCCGCAGUGCGCGACUUCUUUCACGCCUGGAUGGUCAUUGAGCGCGCCCCUCCUGAUUGCAGUCAGUGCCGCCGCCGUCUCCAAGCUGCAGAGUCCCGUUCCUUUCCGCCCUUGCCACACAUGCUGCCAUUUGAAAAAGCAUUUUAUGCUGCUGUAUCUUCCCUUGGCAUCUACAGCAAAGAUGUUUACGAUGGAAAGGGGCUAUUUAGCGCCGCUCGUGUUUGGUGGAUGUUUCGUGCUUAUGGACAUGACAAAGUCUGGGUUUUGGAUGGAGGUUUGCCCCAGUGGCGUGCUUCUGGGUAUGGCGUGGAAUCAAGUGCCUCCAGCGAUGCUAUCUUAAAAGCUAGUGCUGCUAGUGAAGCAAUCGAGAAGGUUUACCAGGGGCAGUCGCUUGCUGCUUCCAGGACAUGGAUAGAGGAGAUUAUUUUGAAUUAAGUUUGGGCAAAAAAGACCUGGACAGAUCAAAGAAAUACAUCCAGACGUUGCAGGUAUCACCAUAUUCCAUUGCUAUUACUAUAUUUGUAUUAGUACCCCGAUAUUAGUAUGUGGUUCAUUUUCCAGAUUUGAUAUUAGUAGCCUGAGAAAUAAUAUAUUGGAAAAACUUAAAUUUAUUGGAAAAACAUUUGCUGUUGGACAGUUAUGAUUUUUAGUGUCUACGCUGAUGGUUUCAUAUUCAGUUGUUGUGAUGAUGAUAAUUGUUAUGAUUUAUUCAUUUACAAUGAUCUGUAGCUGCUGUAGUGGAUUAUUACAUGAUUGUGGACCAUGAUAUGCUCAGUUUUACACAUGUAAAAUAUAGAUUUCCCAGUGGCAUGUGUAUUGAGAUGCCUUACUUGUUCGUCUAUUGAUUACUUGGUUAUUUGUGACUUCUGCUGCUCUAGUGCUUGCUUUAGAUGAUCUGAUUUUCAAUAAGUGCAUGUUAUAACACUAAAAACAUUAUGAUCAUCAAAGUAGUGUACUCUCUUGCCAAGUAUUUCUCAGUACAGGAGUUCAGUUAGUGAUAUUGCUCUGUUAAUUCACAACUACAUGAAGUACCAUAUAACUUGAGAAAUCCUCAACUCUGAUCCUAGCUGCAACUACUUCACAAAGUUGGGACUGAAACCAACUUUCUAUUAAUUCACAAAGUUGUCUAUUUUCUCUUUCUAUUCUGAUCUUUCUGUUAAAGUGUUAUUGUAUUUACUAUGCACAUCGGGGCCAAGAGGCUGUCUACAAGCCUAGAACUCGAGUGUAACUUGCUUCUUGUCAAGCUUAUUUUCUUUCAGAGUUAAAUUGCGUUAAAUAUUUCUUCUGGCCAUUAAUUUUCUUGUCGAGCUGUCGCGUGUGGAGGAGCAGGCGAGCUGCUGCUGCUGGAGAUCAUGUGCUCCUGCUAGAUCUUCAUUGUUAGGUCGAAACUGAAUGUUGGUGUGGUUGAUUUUGAUUUGAAUUGUAAACGGAAUGUCGUGGUUGAUUUGAAAUCUAAAUUGAAAUGUACUGUUUAUAGCUGUUGUACUAUCUGUGUAAAAGCAUGGCUGUAAUGGAUUUGUAUUGGAAAUGGUGCA